AUGGGGAAAGCGGCAGACACAGAUGGCAUGGACACUUAUCCGCCCCAGCACUGCAGCAACGGAGCCACGGCCGACGGCAUGAGGCUUGAUCCGGUCCAUUUCUCCAUGCUGGUCAUUGGGGUUUCUUUCGCCUGUUACGCCCCGAGUCUCAAUUCCCUCCAGGACCAGGCGUACCGAUCCGCCGUGGUCAUCGAGGGCGAGGUGCGCUCCUCACCUGAAAACGUCUCUCGGGACCCGUACAGUGUGAAUGUCAAAGUGCUAGACGUAUGGCCCGUGAACAGCGGCGGACUCGAGCGGGAGCAGCUCGUGACCGUCGGGGACUUCGGUUCCGAGGCCCCGUGCACUACUGUAGAGGAAAACCACAGAUAUAUAUUUUUCAUGGACCCAACAGGCGAGCCUUUAGUAUUCAAGGCAUCGUUUGCUCCGCUGGACGCCAGCGGAACGGACCUGAAGAAGGAUGUGGAGAGCGUGUUGUGUGAGGACUGCGCUGCGGCCCCUAAGUUGCGGCCGAUGCGGGGCCAGUCUCUAAUGGAGGGGGAGAGACUGUAUCUGAAGUGUGAGGCGUCAGGGAACCCCAGCCCCUCCUUCCAGUGGUACAAAGAUGGCCGAGAACUCCAGAGGGGAAAAGACGUCAAAAUCAAGACCAAUAAGAAAAACUCCAAGGUCCAGAUCAACCGAGCGAGGCUGGAGGAUUCUGGGAACUACACGUGUGUGGUUGAGAACACGCUGGGCCAAGAAAACGCUACGAGCGGCAUCAGCGUCCAGAGCCUGACCACUACUCUGUCUCCGGGCUCGAGUCACGCCCGGCGCUGUAACGACACAGAGAAGUCGUACUGUGUGAACGGUGGAGACUGUUAUUUCAUACACGGUAUAAACCAACUGUCAUGCAAGUGUCCAAAUGACUAUACAGGUGAUCGCUGUCAAAAAUCCGUCAUGGCAGGUUUUUACAAGCAUCUUGGAAUUGAAUUUAUGGAGGCAGAGGAGCUGUACCAGCGGCGGGUGUUGACCAUCACAGGCAUCUGUGUGGCACUGUUGGUAGUGGGCAUGGUCUGUGUGGUGGCAUACUGCAAAACCAAGAAGCAGAGGAAGAAGAUGCAUGGCCACCUGAACCAGAGCAUUAACCAGAACCAGUGUGUGGAGCAGCCCAACCGCAUGCUGGCUAACGGUCCCAACCACCCCGGGCCAGGGCCUGAGGAGAUCCCCAUGGUCGAUUACAUCUCAAAGAACGCUCCUACCACAGAGUGUAGUAUUAUACAGCAUGGACCAGAAGAAUCCGUAAACUUCGCAGGAAGCCGAAUGUCCACCAGAUCCCACCACUCAUCUACAGUCUCCCACAACUCCAGACAUGAGGAGCGGACGUGGAGUAUAGAGAGGACAGACAGUAUGAACUCAGACUUCCAGUCAGGGGCGCUCUCCUCGUCAGUGGGCACCAGUAAAUGCAGCAGCCCGACCUGCAUGGAGGCACGGGCACAGAGGGCCGCCUACUGGGGCUGUUCUGAGGGAGCCAGCCUGCAGUAUGGAGACUCCUACGACUCUCUGAGAGAUUCACCUCACAGCGACAGGUAUGUGUCAGCGUUGACCACGCCAGCCCGUCUGUCACCUGUCGAGUUCCACUACCCCCCGCUGUCCCCCCAGGUGCCCACCUUCCACAUCACAUCUCCCAAUACGGGCCACGCCCUCGCCCUGCCGCCUGCCACCGCAGCCUACCACCGGGAGGAUGACCAGCCCCUGCUGAGAUGCCCCCAGGAUGGACUGUUGUACCGGCCGCCCCGUCGCCCGCGCCAACCCUAUCUGACGGAGAGCACGGGCAGCCUUCCGUCUAGCCCCUACCGUCUCCCUGACGACGAGGCCUACGAGACCACCCAGGAGUACGCCUCCUCCCGCGAACCAAUCAGGAGCCGCCGGCGCCCGCGUCGGAACCACCUCAACGGACACUUCUCCCAGCAUGCAAUGGGCCUACGGGACUACAGUUCUCAGAGCUUCAGCCAAUCAGAGGAGGAGGAGGAGGAAGAGGAAGGGCAUGGGGAGAGCACGCCCUUCCUCAGUAUGCAGAACAUGAACAUGGAGCCGUGCGAACGUGGGUGCCGAUCAUCUACCGCCCCUGGCACCACCACUGACAUACGGACUCACCGGGCACAGGGGCGACCAAGCCCCCGCAGCAAUGGACACAGUAAAUUCCCCCAGUCGCGCUCCUCGAAACAUGACAACACACCCCUUUAA